UGACCCAGAAGCCCGGCUGGGAGGGCGGCGGGAGGGAUGCUUGCACGUGGGGCCCGGCGUCUGCGCGCCCGCCCGGGAGCCUGCAUGCAUGGCUGUGCACCUCGAGGAGCCGCCGCUUUGUUUGCCGGCAGCCGGAUGCCCGGGCCCGUUGGGCGGGCCAGCGGCCGCCUGCGGGAUGAGCAGACUGCUGGGGGGGACGCUGGAGCGCGUGUGCAAGGCCGUGCUCCUUCUCUGCCUGCUGCACUUUCUCGUGGCCGUCAUCCUCUACUUUGACGUCUACGCCCAGCACCUGGCCUUCUUCAGCCGCUUCAGCGCCCGUGGCCCUGCCCGCGCCCUCCACCCAGCUGCCAGCAGCAGCACCAACUUCUCCCGGCCCAACGCCACGGCCCCCAGCUCGGGGCUCCCCGAGGCUCCCAGCGCCCGUCCUGGCCCCACGGCUCCCGUCCUGCCUCCCUGUCCCGACUCGCCGCCUGGUCUUGUGGGCCGGCUGCUGAUCGAGUUCACCACGCCCAUGCCACUGGAGCGGGUGCAAAGGGAGAACCCGGGCGUGCUCCUGGGCGGCCGCUAUGCACCCCCCGACUGCACGCCCGCCCAGACGGUGGCGGUCAUCAUCCCCUUUCGACACCGGGAGCACCACCUCCGCUAUUGGCUCCACUAUCUGCACCCCAUUCUGCGGCGACAGAGGCUGCGCUACGGCGUCUACGUCAUCAACCAGCACGGUGAGGACACCUUCAACCGGGCCAAGCUGCUCAACGUAGGCUUCCUAGAGGCGCUGAAGGAGGAUGCCACCUACGACUGCUUCAUCUUCAGUGACGUGGACCUGGUCCCCAUGGAUGACCGCAACCUGUACCGCUGUGGUGACCAGCCCCGCCACUUUGCCAUUGCCAUGGACAAGUUUGGUUUCCGGCUGCCCUAUGCUGGCUACUUUGGAGGCGUGUCAGGCCUGAGUAAAGCCCAGUUUCUGAGAAUCAACGGCUUCCCCAACGAGUACUGGGGCUGGGGUGGCGAGGAUGACGACAUCUUCAACCGGAUCUCCCUGACUGGGAUGAAGAUCUCGCGCCCAGACAUCCGCAUAGGCCGCUACCGCAUGAUCAAGCACGACCGGGACAAGCAUAACGAGCCCAACCCGCAGAGGUUUACCAAGAUCCAAAACACGAAGCUGACCAUGAAGCGGGAUGGCAUCGGGUCAGUGCGGUACCAGGUCUUGGAGGUGUCUCGGCAACCACUCUUCACCAAUAUCACAGUGGACAUUGGGCGGCCCCCGUCAUGGCCCCCUCGGGGCUGAGCUAAUGGGUAAAGGCUCCCAGUGCCAAGGAUUGUCUGCCAGAGGACUGACCUAUAUACUAUAUAGCCUGGCUGGCGGCUACUCUGUGGAGGAUCCCCCAGGACUCAGACUGUGGGCUCUGCUUUCGGAGGGUCUUCCACAGGCCCCUCCAGCUGCACCUGGAAGUUUCAGAACCUACUUUGGGGGACUUCCAACCUGGGCGAGCCCCUCCAGUGUGGCCCUCUCUGGGGUCAACUCUUCGUCCUGUCCCUCCCUGCCCAGCCCAGCCCUCCAUCACUGUCAGGGUCGGCCCAGCCCCUGCACUGCCUCACCGAGUGGCCCGGGCUAGGUCACUCCACCUCUCUGUGCCUCAGUUUCUCCCCCCUCGAGUCCCCUAGGGCCUGGAAGAGUAGGAGGUACAACUAGGGGGCAGUGUGGCUUCCAGGGGGAAUUCUCAGACCUGGGGAUCCCCCGCGCUCCCAGGGGAGGGGAAACCUUUUUCAUUCAACAUUGUAGGGGCAAACUCUGGUGCGCCCCCUGCUGAGGAGAAGCCCCAGGAGGGGACCAGAGGGGGUGCUGUGUCGCUGCCUGGGAUCUUGGGGCUGGGCUUUGCAUGGGGGGCGGGGGAGGGGGCCUGGAUCCGUCAGUCUGGUCCCCGCCUCCCUAUCUCAGAGAGAAGGCAGCAGCCCCAGGGCCGGCUCGGUGUUUGUACAUUGCACAGAAACUUGUGUGGGUGCUUUAGUAAAAAACGUGAAUGGAGCA